AUGUUGCCUUUGCCAGUGGCACCGCGUGUGUACAAGACAGUGGAGACGGGAGGAACCAGUGCUAACGCGAUCACAGGGUUUUUAGUGCAUAAGAUUUGUGUUGGGACCUUAUUGGUGGGAGGUUUCCCAUCUCAUGUGUUGUUCGACUCCGGAGCUACUCAUUACUUCGUUACCCCAGAGUGUGCCGAGAGGAGCAACAUUUAUGGAGAUCCCAGGGAGCGGUUCAGGAUCGUUAAGGUUACUGGAGGCAAGAUUAUCCAUGUCUAUGGACGGGCUAGAGAUGUAGAUAUACAGGUGGCUGGAGAGUUAAUGCUGGCAGAUCUGGUUAUCAGUCCAGUGGAGUUGUAUGACGUGAUAUUGGGCAUGGAUUGGUUGCACCAUUAUAGAUUACAUCUGGAUUGUCAUCGGGGUAGGGUUGUGUUUGAGAGGCCCGGGGCGAAGAGUUGGUUUUAUGAGGGAGUGAGGCCGACCUCGGGGAGUCUGGUUAUCUCAGCUGUGCAGGCAAAGAAGAUGAUCAGGAAAAGUCGGUAG